UACAAAGGAUUUUUCAAAUAGAGAAAGAGGGAACCAAGCAGGCCCAAUGUCUCCAAUGCUACCAAUCUAUAUGAUCGACAGACAGCGGCAGCACCACCAGCAAGAACAGAGCAUGGCUAGCUGGAGAUACGUCGUUGCAGUUGUUGCCAUGCUGGUUGUGUUGGCCCCGUGCGACGAGGCAGUGAAGGUUCACGUAAGCAUCCUCAACCGGCUGGGGAAGGGGAGGAGCAUCGACAUCCACUGCCAGUCCAAAGACAAUGACCUCGGCCUGCACACGAUCCCUGAUGGCGGCGAAUACGGGUGGGAUUUCUCCGUGAAUGCCUUCGGCUCCACGCUUUUCUACUGCGACCUGGCAUGGGAGGCCGUCCCCGAGUUCCACUUUGAUGCCUAUGCCUACUGGAGGGACCAGAACCGGUGCAGCUCGCAGUGCUCGUGGCUUCUAGCCCAGGAGGGCGUGUAUGGCCUCAACGAGGGGACUGGCCUCUGGGAAUUUAUGUAUGCCUGGGGUAGUUAAUUGCCCAUUGGGUGUUUGUUCCAUGGAAACCCUCCUCAUGAAGUGUCUAACUAAGCUCUAGUAAAUGUUCUCUGUACCAUCCAUGCCAUGGACAGAUGAACUUGUGUGAUCAAUUAUUAUGCAAGG